GUGUUGCCAAAAAGUAGCAAAUUAAAAAAAUAAAUGUUUUUUUGUAAAAAGUCAGAAACCAGGUUUCUUAAAUGUUUUGAAUCAACUGUCAGGCGUAUGUAGUUAGGACAGACUGGUCGCACCGAAUCAUGGAAAAGCAAUUAUUCAAGAAAAUAGUGGACAGAGCGAACUUUGAUCGUCAAUCUGGACUCGCAUUUACUGCGCAAACGGAUGAUCCGAAAUCACCUUUACAUAUUAGAAAUUUCCAAAUCAGCAAUGCAUCAUUUCUUUCACCAAAAGCGAACUCGGUCCCAACUACCCCAUCCAGUGGUGCUGAGAUGAGCCCUUUUAACCAAGCAAAGUUAGAUUCUCCGUUCAUACAAAAGAUACCGGAAUCGGAUAUUUUAAAGGAUUGUGUUUGUUUUGUUGAUGUUUGGUCUCGGCAGGGAAAUGAUAAUCGUUCUUCAGUUUUCGGAAGAAUCCUUAAAAGAAUGGGAGCCACGAUUGCGCGUCGUUUUACCAAAAAUGAAGCCAUAACUCACGUGGUGUUUAAAGAUGGCCACAAGUUGUAUUUGCAGAAAGCAAAGAGGCGUGGAAUACAAGUGGUAUCAUGUUUGUGGGUUGAAAGAUGUCGUGUCACACAGAUGCGUGCUAAUGAAAAUGAAUUUAUUUUUGACGAAUCAAAUUAUAAACCACCCAAGAGGUUUAAAGAGCUGCAACCUCUUUCUCCAGAGGAAGAAAGGAUAAGGAGUGAGGAGAGAAGGAAGAGGAUAUUAAGAAAGGAAGAAAAAGAAGCAAGAUUUGUAAACUUCUUAUCUCCAUUAGCUUCGCUUACUAAUAGUAAUGGAAAAUUUAAGAAGAAGAAAGAUACCCUUGCAUGUGACACGCCCUUCCACCCACCAGAGCCAUACAGAUUCAUUCACCCAUGUUUAGUUGCGGAGACACCAAACGAGAGUAUUCAGCGAAAAUUACAGCGAAUGAAAGAAGGCAAACCGAUCUUCUCCCCUCCCUCCUCUCCUUGCUCCUCCAUCUCCUCUCCUCCUCCUUCCAUCACAAAACUUAACUUCGAUGAUGAAGAUGGUGAAGAUGACACCCCAGCGCUCCACACAUCACGAAGAUCUUUAUACUCAGAUACAAGCUCAGUGUCGCAUACAAACAACACAACGUCACCAAAUUUCCGUCUUCAUAUCUCAGACAGUACAGACUGUAGUGAUAUUGCUGCAAACACAAUCGUUUCAUCACAAAAAUCCAGCGACAUGGAACUGACAUGUAUUGACAAGAUAUCAGGGAUCUGCCCCAUGUUUGAUAUCAAUGAAAACAAAUCUACAAAUACAGAUAAUGUAGCGUUGGAAAAGGAAAAAUCAAGUUCAUUCAGAAAUACAUCACAUGACGUUUCCAGUACGAACACACCAACAUUAAAUCUCCAAGUAAGCAGCACAACCACAAACAACUCUCUCAAUUCCAACUCCAACCAAUCAAGUCAUACAAGUUCAAUACGUUUGAUGGUAGAAGAUUCAAACACGGAUCAGUUUCUUGAUGCGGAACCCCCACAACACUUACUGCUUCCAAUGGAACCUGAAUCACGAAAUGUGAUUUUCAGUUCGCAAGAAACAAAUAUUUCAAGGACCAGUAUACAUUCCAAACCUCGCAAGAAACAUCGUCGAAUACUUUGUGAGGAGGAAGUCAUCCAACCAACUUCAUUACUUGUUAGUCCACAAACAAUAAAGAAGUCGAAGCCAACGGUUCGUCGCAGAUCAAGUCGCAGAUCGAGUGUGAGUGCAUCGGUUGCAAUAUCAAAAACUUUCCGAGCGACCAGAAUUAAAAGUUGUGCUACUGUGAAAGAAAUUGAUGCACAAAGCACAUCAUCAAAUUCUGCUGAUACCUCUCUGCUGCCACCACUUGGCCAACCCAGUAUGAUGCUUCCCGCCACACGAGGUCGCUUCUUCUCCACUCCGACACAAAGUGCCUCUUCAUCCCUAUCUAGUGAUGAAACAACUUCAGAUUCUCGUUCGAAACGUAGAAACUCCUUGAGUAGCUCUUAUGAGGUUGAAAUAAACAAACAAAAGGAAAACAGUGGAAUGGAGAGGAGAAGUGAGCCACCAGCUACAAUAGAAUCUGAUGAUGUAACGGACAUGGAAGUUGAAAAUGAACCUAAACUUCAUCAGCGAUUACAAAAACGAAGAAGGGAAUCUACUUCAUCAUCUUCAUCCAAUGAAGCAAUGAUUAGAAUCGUUCCAACCACCACCAUUAACAGCUCAAAUACCCGGCGUGGAAAAAAGAAAGAAAAAUUUAUUUCAGACCUUUUAGAAUUGACCAAGUCCCGUAGAAGCACGGAUGAAUUUGUUCAAAUCAUUCGUGAUCCAACCCAGAAGUCAAUUGUACGAAAACCAAAGAAAAGAAGAAUGGUUCUUGUCCUUACAAGUCUACAUACUGAUGAGAGGCAGAGCAUGCAGAAUAACAUCAAGAAACUUGGCCAAUUCUCUGUUCACUCAAGCGUAAAAGACGAACGGGCUAGUCAUGUUGUGUGCGGUGCAGCCCGACGAACAAUGAACGUUCUACGAGCAAUUUCUCGUGGUUUGUGGCUGCUAACUAAGGAAUGGGUUGUUGAUUCAUUAGAAGCAGGAGCUUGGCUUGAUGAAGAAAACUAUGAAGCUAUCAACUAUUUCCCUGUGUGUCGACAAGCUAGAUUAUUACGCAAUAAAAGCAUAAAAACUGCAGCUUCUUGGACAUUGUCCGUAUUUAAAGAGUUAAAAGGUCUUGUAUAUGUUGCUCCUACCACCACCCCUCCACCAGAUGAGCUUCGGGAACUCGUAACAUUGUGUGGGGGUCAUGUGAUCAACAGUCCACGGCGUGCAUCAGUGCGUGUCGGGAAGUCUCCACUAUCACCCGCUCUGCCCGCUGUUUCAGAAAGCUGGGUGCUUGAUUCAAUUUCUGAAAACUGCCUUAAACCAACUCAAUCCUACCUCAUCACAUGACAGAAUUCUUUGCACUGAUUGGUUGUCUUGCAAGGACUAUGUGUUUGUUUUAUUGUUUGUUGUUUUAGUUGAGUUUAAUGAACUAGGGUAAAGAUCUGUUGAAAACAAUUAGUUUCUGAACUCUUUUGAUUCUGUAUUGUUUCAUGUGUUUGAUUUUACAGAGUUCUAUAAAUGUUGAACUUAUCAGGUUCCUUUUUGUUUUCAAUACAACUCAUCAAAGUAAAUGGUA